AUGGCUCCGCGAAAACGGCACCGUCCAAACCCCAACGACGUCACGGCAAAGUUGCCUCCCACCACACAAUCACAAGAUAGUCUACCACGGCCCGCCCACGCAUCUGCCUCGGAAGACGCAUCACACUGCAGCCGACCCAUGCCCCAACAACUUCCGGAGAACAGCCAUGGCCAAGAGAGCGCAUCUCAUCUCUUACAUCACAAAACAGUUCGCAAAGCCCAGAGCUGGUACGGUUCCUGGCCACGGCCGCCCAAAGCAUCAGCCUCACUGUCCGUAGCGAGGGAAAAUAUUCACGGCGACACGUUUCGCUCUAAAGCCGCUGACCUGACACGCUUCGAGUCAAAGAGCAUCGACGACACCGCUAGCAUUCGCAGCAAGCUGAGCGAAUCCGCCGCGGCAUCGGACCAGGCAAAGUCCAUGGCCCAGUCCGACUCGAAACCAUCCCAGAACGAGCCUACGAAUGGGAAUCCGACGAUAGCAAAUGAUACUAUACCUGAGCAUUCAAAACCUGACGAUAACAAAACUGCCCCGGAACCAAACGGUACGACUACUACUGUUACCGAGGCGGUGACUACGGACAAUUCAGAAGACAUUCCACCAGCACCCACACAACCACAAUCCGGCUGGCUAGGUUGGCUCACAAGGACAUCUGCCACAGUUGUAGAAACGAUCCCAGAAGAGUCGCCAGAGCCCCCUCGACCAUCUACACCGCCUGCACAAAUCAUCGUCACCGCACCCACUGCCCAAUCGGAGCCUCGGCAACCGACUACAUCUUGGUUUGGACUGUGGACAACCACGACGCCACAGGCCAUGGCAUCCGACUCGGAAAAGAAGCCGGCUGACGAUGCCCAGAAAUCUGACACAGACGUAGUCAUGAAGGAUGCGCCCGCACCCGCGUCUGCGCCGGUGCCGGCACCGGCAGUGCAAACGCAAGAACCGGCGCCUAAAGCUGGCUCAACCUGGGCAUUCUGGUCAAAAGCUACACCAAAUCAAAAAGAAAGGCCCUCAGCGCAAGAGGCUGGCGAGAUCGCAGUCAUAGGAGAAGGAUCAGAGGCUCAUCCGCUGCCCGCGACUCAGAACAGCGUUUCGUCUGAACCCGGCACGGAAAAGGGCAAAGCCAAAGACUCGAAAUCGACAUGGCGGAAGAGUAAGCGCUCAAGGCCAGGCUCAGUAGACGAGGCGUCAUCUGCAUCGCCAGCUGGUAGUCAGCUCCAUCUUCCGGAAGCAGGUGGUGGAAAAUCAGACCAAUCUGACGCAGAGAGUCGCAAGUCUGUUACCAAGCCAGAACUAUCCAAGUCGACGGCAGAAAGCGAAACCACUGCCAAGCACCCCCCAAACCUUGUGCUGCCGACCUUCGCCAGCACAUACCGCAUGAAGGAGAAUCCGUCUAUCUUGCAGCAAAUCACCAAUCUUCUCCUCAGAACAUCGCAGCCCCCCGCCAAUCACGUCUUUCGCGUGCAGGAGACUCCCAAGAUCAAGCGCGCCCUCGCCAUUGGCGUUCACGGCCUGUUCCCCGCCACGUACCUCCGGCCUAUGAUGGGGCAGCCCACGGGUACGUCGCUGCGCUUCGCCAGCCUGUGCGCUGACGGUAUCCAGCGCUGGGCGGACGCGCACGGCUGUGGCGACUGCGCGAUUGAAAAGGUGGCGCUCGAGGGUGAGGGCCGCAUCGGCGACCGCGUGGAGAAUUUAUGGAAGCUACUGCUCAACUGGAUCGACCAGAUCCGCCAGGCGGACUUGAUUGUCGUGGCCUGCCACUCACAAGGCGUGCCUGUCGGCGUGAUGCUCCUCGAUAAGCUCAUCGACCUGGGCAUCAUCACCGAUGCUAGGAUUGGCGUCUGCGCCAUGGCAGGUGUCGCACUGGGGCCGUUUCCCGACUACAAAACGAGUUUUCUUAUGGGCUCCGCCGCCGAACUCUGGGACUUUGGCAACCCAAAGAGUGCCAACUCGCAGCGCUUCGAGGCGGCGCUGAAGCGGGUACUGGACUAUGGCGCGCGCGUGACGUUGAUCGGAAGCAUUGACGACCAAGUCGUCCCCAUGGAGUCCGCCGUGUAUUCUCCCGCCUCGCAUCCGUACAUUUACCGCGCCGUCUUUAUUGACGGCCGCAUCCACGCGCCCGACUUUAUCGCGCAUCUGAUCGGCUUCGCGCUGAAGCUGCGCAACCUGGGCAUCAGCGAUCACGGGCUCGUGCGGGAACUGUCGCUCGCGCUCGCGGGCUCCCUGUAUUCGGGUGAGGGCCACUCGCGGCUGUACUAUGACGACGCCGUGUACGACCUCGCCAUUGCGCACGCCCUCGAGACGACGGACGUACCGAAGCAUACGGCGCCCUGUCGCGUGGAGCACCGCACCGUGCCGACGGCUACGCCGACGGGGGCGGCUCCCGCGCUGGCUUCCCCGAACCCGUACGUGCUUCCGUGGAUUAUGCGCGGGCUGCUCGAGGAGGAUUUUGUCAAGACGGAGCUGAGCGCGGAGACGGAGGAGCUGCUUAGGCAGUUUGACGACUGGAAGCCGAGUAAUAAGGCGUUGAAGGAUGUCAAGUAUAGACUGGAAGCGGUGCGAUCAAAGUUGUGA